ACCAAUAUUAAGCAGUAAAAAUUUUAAUUUUUUCAAUCCACAGGAUAAGUCAAUUUAAAUCAUACUUUUGAGUUUCAGACAAGUCUUAAAAUAUUUAAAAAUGUUUAUUUGGAAUUGAAUGUAAAUGAAAAAUAAAUGGCAAAGAAAUAUAUACAUCCGCGACACAUCUUGUCAGCGGCUGGAGAUAAAAAUCAUAAAAUUCAAGCAGGCAAUUGUUUUUUCUUGUCAAAAAUAUUGAUCUACGAUGACCUCGCAUGAUAAUCAAGCAUUCUUGAAUGAAGAACUUAAAUAUGUAAGGGAAAAACUGACAGAAAUCCUUAAAGGAACUGAAAUAGUUGCUUGUCACAUAGCAAUGGUACAAGUCAAAAUAAAGAGAACAAAGUACAAGCAGACGGUUGCUCAUUUCCAGUUUCCUAAGGAUUAUCCUCAAAGUGCUAUUUUAAUUGAGUUGAAAAGUAAAACUUUGUCUGAGAAAUUACUAAAUAAAUUAGUUGAAAUAUGUGAUCAAGAGGCCAAAAAACACAUCAGCUCUCCUCAGUUAGUUCCUAUCAUCACAUUUAUAAAGAAAUUCUUGGACGAGAAUUUUUUCUCUAUAUGUUCUGAUGAGAUAAAUUACAUCAAGAAAAAUCUUAUUAACCCUGAAAAGGAUGAACUUAAAAUAAAAUCAAAGAGUGGAACACUUAGUUUCAACAUCAAUCAAGAUAAAUUUUACAUGACAUUUAAGAUUUUUGUUCCAGAUAACUAUCCAGGAGAACCAGUAAGAAUUGAGGAAACUGCUUCAAACUUUCCUGGAUAUUUAAGGAAAGUGUUUCUUUCGCAAGCUGAGGAAAUAGCUCGAAAAUGUGUCAGUAAACCUUUGAAAAGGAACUCAAAAACUCCACCAUUUGAACCGAAGUCUUCACUUCAACCUGUUGUUGAGUUUUUGGUGAAUGAAUGCAUUAAACGAUAUCCUAAGGAAUCAUGUCCACUUUGUCAUAAACAAGUAUUACCUGAAAAACCAGAGGAUGUAAUAAAAGAUACGUCACAUCCUAAUCAUUUGGAAAGAGUAUAUUGUUCACAUAUUUAUCAUUUUGGGUGCCUUGAUAAGUACAUGAAGACUCCACCUUUUAAAGAUAAAAAAUGUCCAGCAUGCAAGAGUAUCAUCUAUCAUGAAAAAUGGAAUGUUUCAGCAAAGGUUGCAGAAGAUCGCUGGGCUCAUAAACAAGCAAAGCAACGUGAACUUGAAGAAGUAGUCGACUUUCUUGCUGAUUGAAGAAUGUUUAUUUAAAGGUAACUCAUGAGCAGCAGCAUAUCUGGAAAAAAAAGAUGGCAAUCAAAUUACGAGGUUCACAAGUGCAAAACAGUUAUUUUAGUAUUCUUUCAAUUGUACCCACCUUCCUGUGACAUGGUGGAAAAGCUGACGCUCAAUGUCAACAAGUAGUGAACUAGCUCCUAUUCUAAAUAAGUUUGGCUGAGUCCAUUCAUCGCCCAAUUCUUCUUUCAUCAACACCAACCAUGUAAGAGAAUCUUUGGCACUUCUUAUUCCACCGGCAGGCUUAAAGCCCACUUUAUAUCCUGUCUCCUAAACAAAUAAAACUUGUCCAGUUUAAACAUUUUAAUAUACUACUUUAUUUAAAAUUUAGUUACCUGAAAAUAUUCUCUGAUUGCCCUUACCAUAACCAAAGCAACAGUGAAUGUUGCAUUCACACUUUCCUUUCCUGUUGAUGUUUUAAUAAAGUCAGAACCAGCCAUCAUACAAA